AUGGCGGAAACCUCUAGCUCUCAUGAUCUCCACCAUGGAGAUCAUUCGCACGAUUCAAUCGAGUCUGUCACUGAGUGCAUACUGGGCCUUAGAAAAAGGGCAGACGACAAAGACCUCCCAGGCUUUGGCGGCUUGAUAGACGACUGGUUCAAUCCCGAUGUGGAUGUGGAUGAGGAACAGUUUAUCCGCCGUUUCCUACGCGUCUUCAAGCAAUCCGACAAAGAUUUCACCUACGAAGAUAUCAUAAAGGACUAUGACGAUGAUAUUCAAAGCAUCGUCAAUCAAUUUGUCGACGGCGGAAUCAAUGCCAAUGAAGCAGCCGAGAAAUACACUCCAUUUAUGACUCUCAAGGCUCCCAAGGGUAUUGUCCAGAAUCGCGGUCUCGCCAAUAUCAUUCCUGGAGAGCGGAACAUCCUGGAAGAACAUACUGGUCUCUUGAAGGCUCUUCCAACAUCCAUCCCAUCUCAAAUUCGGGGCUUGGUUGCCAAGAUUGCUCCGUCCUUGAAAGAUCCCAAGGAAUACUUGUAUAUCCCAUCCUUCAAACACCUCGAGUUUCAAAAUCAUGGUCGAACGGUCCGAUAUACUCCUACGAUUACAUGUGUGCCAAACACAGCACAGGAUGUUACGGAGAUCGUCAAGUAUGCCAAAAACAAGAACAUGGGCGUCCGAGUAUCAGGCUUCCGACAUUCAUGGUCCCCCGUAUUCGGCAGUUCUCGCAAACAGAAUGAAAACAAGAAGGGUGACAUCCUGAUUUCUACAUUGGGACUUGUCGAUGCAUCUAUCCUACCAAAUUUCACUUCUCUGCCCACCAACCUUUUUCAACCAGAGGCGAAAGAUCUCAAUUCGAUCAUGUUCGUCAGCCAUGAAUACGUCAAUGGCCCGGCUUUAUCCCACGGCAAAAGGUACGUCAGGCUCGGCACAUCGACUACCAACGAGCAGCUGAGGAGGUGGUGCGUGGGAACAGGGAAGGUGACUCUUCCAAUGCAAAUCAUUGAAGUGGAGAUUACAAUGGGUGGAAGUAAUGCGACGAUAUGUCAUGGAGCCGGCCUCAACAAUGCUACCCUCAGUGAUCUUGUCCGCUGCAUUGAAUACGUGGAUGCCAAUGGCGUUCUCCGCAAGAUCGACCUGUCCACCCCAGGAAUUUUGAGAGCCGCAGCAGGAUGUUUCGGAUUGAUCGGCGUUGUGACGCACCUUGUACUCGAAUUCGACCCGAUGUCUUGCGCCUUGAUGGAACCACGGAAAGUCGCCGUGGUGGAAGCAAUUCCACCACCCCCAGAUAUGAAGGAUUCAGAGAUACCCGCACCCCUACGGCCAAAGCACCCAUUAACCACCGAGCGCAAAGCUGAAAUCCAGAAGGAUUUCGAAGUCCGUGCCCUGACCCAUGAUUAUGCCGAAUGGUUCUGGUUUCCCUAUUCGAGCGAAGUCUGGGUCAAUACGUGGAAGAAGACAGAUGAUCUUACCGGCGCGGUGGACUAUCCAACCAAUGUGAAAACAGUGCUACAAGUUUUCGGCACCAUCAUGGUGAACGUGGCGCAAAACGCAUCCAUUCUCCUGAAUCUCACGCAAGCUCUGCCCGAGGUACAGACCAAACUUCUGACGUGGCUGACCAUGAAGAACCUGGAUGAUGUGGGAGCCCACGGUGAGAAGAUCAAAACGUGGGUUCCUGAUGCAAUCCACUUCCAAAGAGGCGUGCAGAACAUCCGCGUGCGAGAUCUCGAGAUCGAAUUCCCGUUACAGCCGAGAAUGACUCCUGGCACCACACCCCCUUCGGACGAAAGGUUCCAGCCCCACGAAGGCACGACGAAUACACCCUCGGAGCCCGCGAAACCAGAAGUCGACUUUAAAAUCGUACAACGCGCCUGGUGGGACGCCAUUCUGACGUGCUACCAAGAAAUCCAGACCUGCCCACAACGAAUGCCACUCGAGAUGCGUAUCAUGGCCGGAUCGGACGUGACACUAGCACCACAACGGGGCCACGCGUUUGGCACAUGCUCGAUCGAGAUCCUAACGCUACACAACGUCGCGGACAUCUGGCCGGCGUACGCGCAGAAAGUGCUCGACAAGUGGGCCAGCUACACAGGCACAGACGGCAGGCCGGUCGCCAUCCGCCCUCACUGGGCCAAGGAGUGGUACGGGUACAAGAUGAAGGGUCGGCCGUGGGAGCAGGUCUUGAAGUCUGAAACCAGGCUGGACGGCGGCUUUCGAGAGGAGUUCCGUGAGUGGAGAGAUCUCGUGGCCCAGCUGGCGAAGAGAGAUGGCUGGCGCGUCGCGGAUGCGAAGAAACGAUUUGGCAACGAGGCACUGAACGCUUUGGUUUGGGAUGAGAGUCUUCCUUUGAAGCCGACGACCGCCAUUCCUGCUGCCAAUGGUAAAACCACCACUCCUACUGCAAAUGGCGCACCGCUGGUCAAUCGCGGCACCGCAAAGACAAAUGGCCACGUUGCCAAUGGCAGGGCGAAUGGAGCCGUGAAGGGAUCCAGUGGUAAAAACGAUCCAAAGAGGAAGAAAGCGAGGCUUCUUAAGCGCCUCCUGGCAAAGAUCAAGGCCACUUUCUAG